ACACGACCCGUGACACGUCCUCCCGCCAUCCAUCGGACACGACCCGUGACACGUCCUCCCGCCAUCCAUCGGACACGACCCGUGACACGUCCUCCCGCCAUCCAUCGGACACGACCCGUGACACGUCCUCCCGCCAUCCAUCGGACACGACCCGUGACACGUCCUCCC